AUGGAGGAGAGGUACGAGGCGUUGAAGGAGCUGGGGACGGGAAACUUCGGGGUGGCGAGGCUGGUCAGGGACAAGAGCACCAAGGAGCUCGUCGCCGUCAAGUACAUCGAGAGGGGCAAGAAGAUUGAUGAGAAUGUGCAGAGGGAGAUCAUCAAUCACCGCUCGCUCCGGCACCCUAACAUCAUACGAUUCAAGGAGGUUUGUGUAACCCCGACGCACCUUGCCAUUGUCAUGGAAUAUGCUGCCGGCGGAGAACUCUUCGAAAGAAUAUGCACCGCAGGGCGAUUCAGUGAAGAUGAGGCAAGGUACUUCUUCCAGCAACUACUUUCAGGGGUCAGCUACUGCCAUUCCAUGGAAAUCUGUCACCGUGAUCUUAAACUGGAAAACACUCUCCUGGAUGGGAGUCCAACACCUCGAGUGAAAAUUUGCGACUUUGGUUACUCAAAGUCUGCUUUGCUGCAUUCCAAACCAAAAUCAACGGUUGGUACUCCAGCAUACAUAGCGCCGGAAGUUCUUUCGAGAAAAGAAUAUGACGGCAAGGUAGCGGACGUUUGGUCCUGCGGCGUGACAUUGUACGUGAUGCUCAUCGGGUCGUAUCCAUUUGAGGACCCCGAGGAUCCAAGGAACUUCCGGAAAACUAUCAGUAGAAUCCUUGGCGUGCAAUACUCCAUUCCCGACUACGUCAGGGUUUCCUCCGACUGCAGACGCCUCCUGUCCCAAAUAUUCACUGCCGAUCCUUCAAAGAGGAUCACGAUCGCUGAGAUCAAGAAGCUGCCGUGGUACCUGAAGAGCCUGCCCAAGGAGAUCGCGGAGAGGGACAGGGCCAACUUCAAGGAGCCCGAGACGGAGGCGGAGACCGCGGCGGCGGCGGCGCAGCCCGUGGAGGAGAUCAUGCGGAUCAUCCAGGAGGCCAAGGCCCCCGGCGACAUGUCCAAGUCGUCGGCCGAUGCGGCGCUGCUGGCCGAGCUGGCCGAGCUGCAGAGCGACGACGAGGAGGAGGAGCCCGGAGCCGAGAGGGAGACCUACUGA